AUGGCAUUCGGCAAGGGUGGUUACCGUGGAGGGGGCCAACAUGGGGGAGGACGUGGGCGAGGCGGCGGUCGGGGAGAAGGACAUCAUUCCGGCAAUUCCACGAUAGAGUUGGUUGUCAAGGGGUGGACAAGCUCGACAAUACCGGCCCGUGAUCAGAAGUCUGCGGUACUAGGCUUUCUCAAAAGCAAGUCAGGCUGUCAGAUCAUAUCAGACAGAGUGGUUAAAGUCCAUAUCCUCUUUAUCGAAAUAUGGGAAAGGGACAAAAAUCGAUUCUACCAAUUGGAUGGCAGCACUUGGAGCGGGACCACAAUCAAAAUCGAGGAGUCACGACAGCGAACCGACAAUGCUAAUAAGUUUCCACCGAGCGGCCCUCGAGCCGACGGAAACAGUCAUUACAAGCAGCACAACAACAGCGGCUUCGGCUCGCAAAUCAACGGGAAAAACGACGACUUAUUCGCGGUUGAAGUGGCGGACAAAAUAGCCGCCGUCAUUCGCAGCUGCUACACAGAAACCGACAAACACCUCAACUUUACCAACCUCGCCAACCAUAGUGGCAUCCAACAAAUUCCCGACAUACAGAACGCAACAGAUGGCGCCAAGGUCUGGGAGGCGAUCUUCACGAUUUGCAAAACGAACGUCUGGCCGAGUAAUCAUCAACGAAACAUAAGUGUUCAUCUGAUCAGUCUCAGACAGAACGAGAUCACUAACGUCACGGUUAUCGAGGCACUAUCGCGGUUCUUCCCCCGCAUACAGGGCCUCGACUUGGGCGACAAUAAACUCGAGAACAUGAACAGUUUGAUCGCGUUCAGCGACAAGUUUCGAGAACUACAGCACAUCAUAAUCGACGGCAAUCCAGUCUGUUACCUGCCUGACACGGUACCGACGUUGCGCCAGUGGUAUCCAAAGCUCAAGCAAGUCAACAACACCCCUGUCGAGACGAUUCAAGAUGCGAUACCAUUUCCGGUAGGGCAGCCAGCACCAGUGUUGGGGAUAGGGAUAGGCGUAGGGGUAGGACAAACCCCCUUCCGACCGGACGAUCGAUACAAGGAUACACCUGCAGCACAGAUCCCAGUUGAUCCUACUCGGCCGUGGCAUCCGGAGAUACCAGUGGACUCUCUCUUUGCAGUCAAGACACCGGAUAAGCCGCAAGACGUUUGGGAACGUGAAGUGCUGGGACUCCGAUUCAGCAUUCAGACGAAGCUGAACAUGGCUUCGACGGAAGAAUGCCUGAAAGCAAAUCACUGGGACUACGACAAGGCACUUGCCAACUUCAGCGAAAUCAAUUCGAAAAACCAAAUUCCUCGAGACAGAUUUCUGCCAGUAUAG